GGGCGACCUUGCUCUCCUUCCCGUGAUGCUCCGGCGUGGUUUCCAAGAUGACGGAGCCCAGUACUUCACCGGAGGACCCGUGGAGCAAACAGCCGGAUCCCACCUUCGCUGACAAUGGACUCGACCCCUCUUUCUUUUCGGACAGUGCAAGGAUUGGGAGUGUUGUUUCCAGAGCUAACAGCAUUGGUUCCACAAGUGCCUCCUCUGUCCCAAACACAGCUGAUUGCAUGACAGACAAUGAUUGUUCUCCAACUGCAGAUGACGAGGACAGCGACUACAGACACGAAGCCUCCUACAAGGAGUCCUACAAAGACCGGAGGAGGCAGGCCCACACGCAGGCAGAGCAGAAAAGGAGAGACGCCAUCAAGAAAGGGUAUGAUGAUUUGCAGUCCAUAGUCCCGACUUGCCAGCAACAGUCUGAUUUUCCCAUAGGAUCGCAGAAAAUGAGCAAGGCAACCGUGCUGCAGAAGACAAUCGACUACAUCCAGUUCCUGCACAAGGAGAAGAAAAAGCAGGAAGAGGAAGUGACCACGCUCAGGAAGGAAGUGAUGGCGCUGAAGAUCAUGAAAUCGAAUUAUGAACAGAUCGUGAAGGCUCACCAAAACAACCCCCAGCAGGGCGACGAGCAGGUGUCGGACCAGGUGAAGUUCAGCAUAUUCCAGAGCAUCAUGGACUCCCUCUUCCAGUCGUUCAAUGCCUCCAUCUCGGUGUCCAGCUUCCAGGAGCUGUCCGCUUGCGUCUUCAGCUGGAUCGAGGAGCACUGCAAGCCCCAGACCCUCCGUGAUUCUGUGGUGGACGUCCUCCAGCACCUGAACACUCAGUUAUACUGACUGAGCACCGUCUGGCUCCCACGGAGCACCGCAGCUCGCUGGCUCUGCACGGCGACCUGACCCUCGGAUCCACCCGGGCAAGUUAAAAACACACAGCUGUGGAAAAACAUACCCCCCCGUCAUGGAGAUGUCAAACACCUUCUCUUGUUGUUGUUACUGCCUUAAAGGAAGCUUUGUCUUGGAGUUAUCCCUAUUUAUUUGAUCUUUUCCUCUUUACUAAAUAUUUCUCUUUGGAGCUCCAGGCUCUAUAUUGUUUAGCACUAAAUAAAAGGAUCUGGCUUGCUUGUUUAUAAAUUCGAACCAUGGCUUCAGUGUUAAUUUGUAGUGACUCUAUGCCUCUACUGAAAUCUCUAUCUUUAUCUUGGCUACAGGUAAAUCUGAACUCAGAAAUUGUCCAAAUGAUUGGUCAAUCAUUUUUUUAAGAAAAGCAAUCUGGUUUGCACAAGUUUGUGUAUUCUUGUUUGUGAACUUUUUUAUUAGCUUUGUUUUUUAAAUGAGUGUUGUUUCACAGGCUGUUUUAAUGUAGCUUUUAUAAAUGGAAGCUGUUUUGUUUCCUCCCAGGAUGUCUGCCAAAUACCAGUGUUUUGCAAAUGUAAAUCCGUUUGUUAAAGCACCAGUUACUUUAGCAGAUACUGGGCAUAAAAUGUAAAUAUGUUGUAUAUAGAAAUACACAGUAUUCUGUGCAGCACUGUGGACCAGUGGUCGGGCUGUGGUUCUUCACACCAGAGGAUCAUGGGUAGUGGUUACAAGUGCUCCCUGAGCACUCCUGAGUAAUGUACUUUACUGGCUAGAUAUUGUCAAUUAGAAUUUCUUCUCUGUUGACCUGUCUUAUUAAAUUAAAACGAGGUAGUUAGGGUGAGGUGGUUCCUGGUUCUCGUUCCUUCCUUGUAUCAGUCCUUGAUCUUGAGGUGAGGUGAUCACUUACAUGAUCUACUACGAAAAACUGAUGUCUCUUCUUUUUCUCUUAUUUCGGCCUCAUUUUCCCCCUUAUUUUGCGUAAACUUCAAAAUGAGUUUGAUAUUUUUGCAUUUUUGGAAUAUUGACAGAAAUUGUUCAAAAAACAGAAUAGGUGCAUCUAAAUACCUGUUGUGAGUGGCUUUUUUUGCAAAGAUUGUGUUGCAUGUCACUCUGGUUCAGAUAAAACUAUCUGCUGUAAACAGAAAUUAGUUUGAAUGCAUCACUCCCUGCAGAGGUGUGAAGCUUAGGAGAAUACAGUUGAACUGGAUUGUCAGUGUUUCUCUGUGCCAAUCUGGUGUGCCAGCUCAGAUUGGCACAUGCCAUUUGUCAUGAAGUGAAGAUCUGCCAGAUACACUCCAGGCUUCAAAUGAGUAGCUGGAUAGUUCAUGCUUAGAAAAUAUUUAGCAGCAGACAUGGGUUCAAACGCAUUAGCAAACAUAGUUUAAAUGUUUUUUGAUUUUGUAUUUCCCCAUGUUAAUUGAGGUAAAAGUUAUCGAUCAGCCUUAACAACCUCCAUCCUUUCAAUUUAGUCAAACCUGUUCUCUUUCAGUUCUGACCUGCUGCCAGCAGAGAUCAAGGAGGUCCUGAAUAGGUACCUAUCUCUCCUCCAGACCAACCCCAAAAAAGGCUCGGGAUAAUGCGUGUUGAGUGGUAGGAGGAGCCUAGGAAAGAACCGGGAACCCCCUAAUAACAACGUCCUUUACUUUACACACAAAUAACAGAAGUGCCGAUAAAAAAAACAUAAUUAAUCUGUUUUCGGAUGUCUGUCGCGCGCAUGCAUUAUGGUACUGCUGUUUUUCAUUUGGGAUUUCUGAAUGUCAAAAAGAAAGGCAUUACAAAAUAAGAAAAGAAAACAUUCUUAGUGUUUCAUAUCUCAUUUUGCUGUAUGCACAGUGUAACAAAGUAAGCAUUCGUCUUUUUCUAUGUGUACUGUCUGCUAGGACAUUAAAUGUCAGCUCCUACAUCUGGGGUAGAAGUUCUGUGUUUUACACAUGAUUAUAAGGCUUGCUGGUUGGUCUCUUAUGUAGUGUACAGAAAGCUUUUUGUACAGUAUAUUGACAGCACUGAAGAGUGGGGAAUUUUAGUCUAAUUUAUAAACUUUAUAUCAAAUGAGCUGAGACUCUGGGCUUUCUUGGUCUCUUGGAAUAUAUACCAGUAUUUGAGUGUGACAGAUGAAUGAAUUGUAGUAUUAUUCAGUUCACUGUGGAAUUGUAGGAUAAAUGUAGACUCCCCCCCGAUUUUCAAUAGUCUGGUGGAGAAGGGUGAUGAAAUAUGAGUUGUCAUAGUAUUUGUAUCGGUGAUGAUUCCUGCUUCAACUUUUUCAGUGUAAACGUGAGUUAAGUGUGUGUGUGUUAGUAAUGCAGUAGGAAAGGUUACUGCGAGAGGCCUGUGGCCUGUCUGGUAGUUGGUACUUAUUUGAGCUGAGGAUCUCAUCCAGCUGUGUCUUGAAUGCCUUUAUUUUCUAGUUAAUUCAGAAGCUAAAACUGAGUUUAGAAUUCCUGUACUAUCAUAUGGAUUUGUUUUGUAAAACUAAUUUCUAUUAAAGCUGUUUUCAUCUA